AAAACAAGUACUCCCCAUUAAUACCUCAUCAUCUUGAUGUUAUAAGAUAAAGGUUCAAGCAUCAUCCUUGUCUGAUCAGAGAGGAUUUGCCCUUUUGCUAAGAGAAAUAUUUAGGCUCUGAAGCCUGCAGGUUGGUUUUUGGAUGAUAAAAAUGGAGGAGAGUCUUCCUCCUGGGUUCAGAUUCCAUCCAACAGAUGAAGAACUCAUUACUUAUUAUCUCACCCCCAAGGUUUCCAAUACUAAUUUCGCGUCCAGGGCUAUUGCAGAUGUCGAUCUCAACAAGUGUGAACCUUGGGAUCUCCCAGCCAAGGCUUCCAUGGGAGAGAAAGAAUGGUAUUUCUUUAGCUUGAGAGACCGAAAAUACCCGACAGGCAUUCGAACCAACCGAGCAACUGAAGCAGGCUAUUGGAAGACCACUGGGAAGGACAAGGAGAUAUACCGUGCUGGGAUACUGGUAGGAAUGAAGAAAACCCUAGUAUUUUACAAGGGUAGAGCUCCUAAGGGUGAGAAAAGCAACUGGGUUAUGCAUGAAUAUAGGCUAGAAACCAAGCUUUCUUUCAAACCCAAAAAGGAGGAAUGGGUUGUCUGUAGGGUCUUCAAAAAGAGCUCAGCAGUGAAAAAACCGCACCAGCCGGCACCGUCAUCGCUACCAUCUCUUGAAUCUCCUUGUGAUACAAACACAAUUGUGAGCGAGUUCGGAGACAUUGAGUUUCCAAAUAUGAAUAGCAUUGCGAAUUCAUCGAGUGGAUUUAGCAAUAUUAAUUCAGCGCAGAGCUAUAACACUAGUACUGAUGAUAACCUCAACAUGAAUAUGAACAUGAACAUGAAUAUGAAUUGGGCUGCAGCAAGAGAAGCUGCAAGUCUCCCAUCACUUCCAUGGUCUUCAAGCUUGCUAAGCCCAAAUCUUCAGAUGAAUUCCCUCCUUAUUAAGGCAUUACAGCUUGGGAGUUACAGACCAAGAGAAGCUACAAGUACUGAAAAUUACUCCUUUCUGCCACAAGGGAUUUCUAACUUUGGAACUGAUUUUAUCUCAAACUUUCAGGCUUCUUCUUCUAAGGUUUUAGACUCUCUUCACCAACAGCAACAGCAACAGCAACAGGAGCAACCAUUCAACUUGGACUCCAUUAAUUGGUGAAGUUAACUAACUUGUAAAAAAAAACCACUUCUACCAUAUCUAUCUUUUAUUUGGGCAAGAAUUUAUCGAGUUUAAUGCAUGCUGUAAUCAUUGUCAAGACUAAGCAACAGUUAGAUGUCAAGAUGGGGAAAAUCCCCAGUUCUUUGUAACUCUCUUUAUGUUCCAAACUUUAUCAAUCAAUGUCUGGUUCUCCCAGAUGUGAAGAAGGAAGAUCUCCCUCAUCCUUUGUUA